AAAUAAAUAAGUUUUGUAUCACACUCCAUAAAUAAAUAAGUUUUGUAGCACAUUCUUAAUGGUCCCACCAAAUCUUUGAUUUAUUUAAAAAAUUUGUUUUCUUUAAACAAUAAAAAACGUGGCUGAUAGAAUCUUCUAUCAUUAUCACGAUUUGUCUUAUUAUGUCUCUCUCUCUCUCUUCCAAAAUCGUGAUCUGAUAGUAUAUCUUUUAGGGUUUAGGGUUUCUUUUCUUGCAUGUACACGAUUUGGAAGCAUGAAUCGUGAGGAUCGGCUGAAAAGUGGUCAAACAAGAAUCUUGUUUCAAAUCAUUCCCCAAAAAAAGAAUCUUAUGCAAAUAUUGAGAAGACCGUGCACUAUACACGGCUCUCUCUCUCUCUCUCUCUUCUAUUAUUCAGCUUCCAAAUUCAAAAAAAAAAGAGACAAAAACCUUAAGGACCGUGCACUCCAAAAACUCCAUACACGCCUCUCUCUCUCUCUAAGAAACUCAAGCCCACCGUGCACUCCAUAAACUCAAGCCCACCGUGCACUCCAUAAACUCAAGCCACUAUGAGUUCAACGGAAUCAGAUUACGAUGGGGAAGAACAGCCUGUAGAACGAGGCCAUCGCCCGAGUACAUCGAGGAGGGAAAAAUACCCGACGCCGAAUCCGCCUCCGAGGCAUGUUUGGUUACGUCCGUGCAUGCAAGGUUAUGCCGGACGAAUCAAUCACUAUGUAAAGGACACGACACUGAAGGAAGUGGAGACCUGUCUGACGCACUACCAGCGAUUGGAACAAUUUAAUCAAGGUCCGUUUGGGCAUUUACUUCAGUUGAAGAGGCAGGAUAGUGCGAAUGCCGCACUGCACCAUCUUCUUGCACGGGAGUUGUAUGACGAAGCAUUCGGUCCGUGGGAGAAGUGGUUCCACGUUGGUGGACACGACAUUCGAUUCGGUGCAGUGGAGUAUUGUCUGGUGACGGGGUUGUGUUUCGGGCCAUCCCCGCAGCGUUUUGAUCCUGAUGUGGAUCACCGUGUUGGGAAGCAGAGUCUAUGGCACCGAGUUUUGAAAGGCAAGAAGGUGGAAGUGAAGGAUCUGCGGAAGCGGUUCGUGAGCCGCAGUCUGGGCAACAGUGCCCAGGAUUAUUUGAAGGCGGCCAAUAUUCUCGUGGCGUAUGAUCUCAUCUUCUGUCGGGAUUAUAAAUACGUGCACGAGUGGGUGUGGGCACUGGUAGAGGAAGAUCAGGCAUGGUCCGACUUCCCGUGGGGCUCUUACUCAUUCCAGAUUUUGUGUCAUGGGAUGAGUGUGUUGAAGAAGCAUCCCAACGAGAUUACCGGUAAUAGGAAGACGUACCACUUCUAUGGGCCCAUAUGGGCAUUACAGAUUUGGUCGUACGAGGCCAUUCCGAGGUUGGGCCGCGCGUGUGGGAUGCGUGACACGAGGUUGCAGAUGCCACGAUUGGUGAACUGGACGACUUGGAAGUCGGCUUCUGACUUCACCCACUUUUUUGAUGCUCAUGAGGCUGAGUGUCACCGGACACUCGAACCGGUCGAGGAGGAGAAUGAUUCAUUUUAUUUGCAGACCCUGAGGCAUCCAGAGCCCUUUUCUGUACGAUACCAUCCCGGAGGGAAAUACGCUGGCUUGACAGAGCCAGUUGUACCGGAGCCGCCUCCUCCUGUUAGGCCUCCCCCUGUGCAGAGGAGUAUCUGA